AUGAAUUCAUUCAGUCUUAUAUUAUUCGUGGCACUAGCUUCGGCCGUACAAGCGGGUUACAACAGUUACGAUUAUGGUGGCGGACAGUACGAUUCAGGAUCUGAACAGCAGCAAACUGAGGAACACCAUCAGAUUCCGACCAAAACCAUCGAGUACACUAAACCAGUGCACGUUCCGGUUGUAAAGAAGAUUGGCAUUCCUGUGCCGCAUCCAGUUGGAAUUCCUGUACCUCAGAUCAUUAAAGUCCCAGUGCCACAACCGUACGCGGUUCAUAUACCAGUACCACAGCCAAUUCAAGUGCCAAUCUACAAACUGGUGCCACAAGAGAUCGAGAAGAAGGUUCCGAUUGUUGUUGAGAGACCAGUUCCGUACCACGUUGAGAAACCGUACGAGAUCGAAGUCGAAAAACAUUUCCCAGUCUAUGUACCGAAACCGUAUGCAGUCCAUGUACCGGUUUACAAACAUGUUUACCAUCAUAUUUGUGCACUUGUCGUGACGUUAGCGGUUGCGGUGGUAAACGCUGGAUUCUCCAGCUCGGGAUACGAAUCUGGACAGUACGGUUUAGGAUCAGGAGGAUACUCCGACGAGCAUCAGCAUAUACCAGUCAGUACAGUGGAAUACACCAAACCGGUGCACGUUCCUGUUGUGAAGAAGAUCAGUUAUCCUGUUCCUCAUCCAGUUGGAGUACCUGUACCUCAAGUCAUUAAAGUCCCUGUGCCACAGCCGUACGCGGUUCAUAUCCCGGUGCCCCAACCGAUUGCCGUACCGAUUUACAAGCUGGUGCCACAAGAAAUCGAGAAACGAGUGCCCAUUACCGUUGAGAAACCAGUUCCCUAUCCAGUAGAGAAACCUUUCAAGAUCGAAAUUGAGAAGCAUCAUACUGUAUACGUCCCGAAACCAUACCCAGUCCAUGUUCCAGUCUACAAGCAUGUUUACCAUCAUGUACCAAAGCACGGAGGCGGUGGUGGAGGUCACGGUUGGCAGUAA